CCAGCCUUGGUUGGGAUUCAGUGAACAGGACCAUGGAGUUAAAGUAAACUCAGACCGCGCCAAGGCGAAGCCCCGCCCCAGAAUCGAAUGUUGUGACAUUCCCCCGGAUUGAUACAUGUUAGCAGCGCGAGAUUUAAAGGGACCGCGACCCUCAGCUCUCAUCUCACAAAAAGUGGGCAUUAUGGCUACCUCGCCUUAUUUUACAUCAGGCGUACUGACUCGGAACAUGAGCCGACGGGUGUGGGUGGCCAGGGAGCGGGAUCAUCACCCCGGCUCCAACUUAGCAAAGAGCCCUGCCGUUGGCAGGCCGGCAGUGGGCCAGCCCGGCCUCCAGAUUCAAGCAGACGCGGUCGGAGCUGCCUCAUCGAUCCGGCCUGGCAGCUCUCCUAUACGCGGAAAUGCACGGAGACAGAAAAGGGAAUCCUUGCGGACUGCUGGCGGUUCGGGCCGAAAGCUUAGCCGGCCGCAGUCUGCUUCCCCAGAAAAGGACACAAACUCUAAAUGGGAGCCCAAGGACUGGAGGGAGCAGUUGGAUAACAUCAGAAAGAUGAGGGAGGGCAGGGAUGCGCCCGUGGAUCACAUGGGCGCUGAACAAUGCUUCGACAAAACUGCAGCCCCCGAGGUCAUGAGGUAUCAAGUGCUUUUGUCGCUCAUGCUGUCCAGCCAAACCAGGGAUCAGGUGACAUUUGCAGCAAUGAAGCAGCUAAGGGACCAUGGCUUGACUGUGGACAACAUCCUCAAGAUGGAUGAUAAGACACUGGGAGAGCUUAUCUAUCCAGUUGGAUUCUGGAGGAGUAAAGUGAAAUACAUCAAGCAGACCACAGCAAUCUUGAAGGAGCAGUACAAUGGUGACAUUCCCAGCAGUGUCAGCGAGCUUCUGAAACUUCCAGGAGUGGGACCGAAGAUGGCUCAUCUCAUCAUGAAGCUAGCCUGGAAUAACGUGUCUGGCAUCAGUGUUGACACCCAUGUGCAUAGAAUCACAAAUCGACUGAAGUGGGUCAAAAAAGAGACCAAAACCCCAGAGGAAAGCAGACUGGCGCUGGAAGAAUGGAUGCCACGGGAGCUCUGGAGCGAGACCAAUUGGCUGCUGGUGGGCUUUGGUCAGCAGAUGUGCCUGCCAGUGAAUCCUCGCUGUACUGUAUGUCUCAACAGAGAUAUCUGUCCCACAGCCAAGAACAAUCUUCGGAAAACAAAUCCCAGGCUUCCUCCCAGCUCUCCGCUUCAGCCUUGCCAACAGCAACAAUAAUUAAAUCCUUGUGUUUAGAUGUUAGAUCGCGGUAUAAAUUAUUCAAAGGUUGGGGAGAUGUUUGUCCCAAACUUAACUAAAACAGAACUGUUUGUGAUCUUGUCAGUGAAUUCCAGUUGCUAGUGGAGUAUUGAACUCAACUGAAUAAUGAUGUUCCCAGUGAGAACACCAUGCAGUUUGUAAAGAUGCAUCAGUAGCAGGACUGAGUAUUGCAGCCUGGUGGCAAGUGCCACAUACUUAGAAAGCCAGGCAAGUCUCCUGUACGAAUGUGCAGUUUUACAUGGUAUUCAGAUGCAUCACUAGUAAGCAAAAUGAUUGAAAUUCCACUGAGCACUACAGCAGGGGGUGCUGUGGCUAGUACUGCUGCCUCACAGCGCCAGGAACCCAGGCUUGAGUCCACCCUUGGACGGCUGUCUGCAUGAGUUUCCUCCCACAGUCCAAAGAUGUGCAUGGAUAAGUUGGUUUCCAUGGGAAAUGCAGGGUCUGGG